ACGAUGGUUUCCUCUUUUUUUUAAUACUAUCUUCGCUCCAACCAAGGAGGGGGAAUAUGAAUAUAUCAAACUAAACGAGCUAACAACCGGUGCUAGCUACAGCUCUCCCUACCUAUAAAUAUAACGCAGAAUCCAAAAGCCUAAUCCUUGGAUAAAAAUCUAGCUAAACCAAGGAAUAAAGGAGAGCGAUAAGGUAAGGUGUCUCUGCCUGUCAAGACUCGAGAAGACAGCCGCAAAACGGAGACAAAGGAGACUCUUUGUGGCGUGACCCCUGAGUCCGUGACCAUGAAGCCACGUCCACCGGCGCCGGGGCCGUCGUCUGCUUCCGCCGCGCCGGCCAGGCUCCGGCCGCACCUCGCGCGGCUCGCCUCCUUCCUGAUCGUCUUCGCCGUGGGCUACUCGCUGGGCCUCCUGUCGUCGUCCACCCGGCCGUCCCCAAGACCGUCCCAGACGACGAUCAUACGGCCGCACGCCGCGCACCUCACCGACGCCUCCCCGGCGGCGGCGUCGAACGGAACCGCCGGCGCGGCGGCCGUGUCGAGCUCGAGCUCGAGCUCGAGCUACCCGCCGCGGUCGCCUCCGCACGACCUGUUCCGGUUCAAGGAGGAGUGCGGGGAGCCGGUGCCGAGCGACGCCGUCGUGCGGACUCUGCUCGACAAGCUCUUCGACGGCGAGAGCCCCUACGCGGGGUUCCCUCCAAACCACACGGCGGCUCUGCUGCACCCGGCGGCGGCGCGCCCGCGCGGGUGGGGGUCUACGGGGGCCGUGUUCAAGGAGCUCAUCGAGGCGGUGCGGCCGGAGGUGAUCGUGGAGCUGGGCGCGUUCCUGGGCGCGUCGGCGCUGCACAUGGCGGCCGUGUCCAGGAACCUGUCCCUGUCCCCGGCCAUCCUCUGCGUCGACGACUUCCGCGGGUGGCCGGCGUUCCGGGACCGGUUCCGCCGCGACGUGCCCCCGCAGCGGCACGGGGACGCGCUGCUGCUGCCGCAGUUCAUGUCCAACGUCGUGGCGGCGGCCGCGGCCGACGACGACGACGACGACGCCGUCACCAGGCCGCGCGUGCUGCCGCUGCCCUUCUCGACGGCGUCCGCGCUGCGCGCGCUGUGCGAGUGGGGCGUGUACGCGGACCUCAUCGAGGUGGACGCCGGGCACGACUUCCACUCGGCGUGGGCGGACAUCAACCUGGCGUGGGCCGUGCUCCGCCCCGGCGGCGUCAUGUUCGGCCACGACUACUUCACGUCCGCCGACGACCGCGGCGUGCGCCGCGCCGUCACGCUGUUCGCCAGGGUCAAGGGGCUCACCGUCCGGCCGCACGGCCAGCACUGGGUGCUCUCCCCGAAGCCCCCGCGAGGAGGGCGUGGCGGCGACGACGCCCGGCGACGCGUCCGUAGCCGUGUUCGUAUCGUACUUGGAGUUGGAGGUACAGGCGUGCAGCACCCCACCACACCACACCUCGAUCAAAAGCCGACGAAAAAGGUUGCGCCGCCCCCGCCACUGUUCUCUUCUCUGACAGCACUCUCGUCUCAACCACCAUUGCUUUUGCUGUAACAUUCUUCUCUAACUACACGGGGAUAUCAUAUAUAUAUAUAUAUAUAUAUAUAUAUAUAGAACUAUAUAUAAUAUAAGAACGCAUGCAUUUGUUCUCGUCUGUGAGAUGAUUAUAUUCAAACACGAAACGUUCAUGUGUAGUGUAGAUAUGGACACGGCAAUUUCAAGUGUUUUCUGGAGCAUCUAAAGCUGGUUAGAUGGAAUGUUGUUGUUGA